CUGAAAGCCAGUCAGUACGCUCAACGAUCGUCUGGAAGGAAUAGGAACGAGCAUUGAUACAAACCUUUCAACGCCAGCACUGACAGCCUUGUACGAAGUGUCAACAUGAAAGCAAUAAGCCCAGUAAGGUCUUUCCGGAUAAACAGCGCGAAUCUGUCUGAUCACACGCUCGGAAUCUCACGGAGCAAGACCCCCGUGGACGACCCGUUAAGCCUGCUAUACAACAUGAACGACUGCUACUCCAAGCUGAAGGAGCUCGUGCCCAGCAUCCCCCAGAACAAGAACGUGAGCAAGAUGGAAAUCCUGCAGCAUGUCAUCGAUUACAUUCUGGACCUGCAGAUCGCACUUGACUCCAAUUCCGCAAUAACAAGCCUCCAUCACCCACGGCCGGGGCAGGCGACGUCCAGAACACCGCUGACAACUCUCAACACAGAUAUCAGCAUCUUGUCAUUACAGUCCCCGGAGUUCCCGGGAGAGCUGCUGACAGAUGACAGCAGGACUCUUCAUCGUUAAAGCGGUGUUUGGUUAAGACGCAGAACACACGGGACCUGGGAACAGGCCUUUUCCCCUCAGUUUUGGUCCUCGGGUCUGGAUUUUUUCUUUAACUCAAUCAAGAGACUUUGCUUAUAAAGGACAAUCUAUGUGAUGUGUUUUCUGUUCGGGCACUCAUAUUAUUUAUCUUAAGACUUUUUUUUGUCCUUUCUUGAAAUGGAAGGCGUGCUAUAUUCCCGAGAAUGGGAGAAAACAGAAGAGAUUAUAUUGUCACAAGGAUUUCCCCCCUCCUUGAAGUCUUCGCUUUUUUUGCGGAGGUGGAACGUGAAUAGAAUACAAGUUGGUUAGUUGCUGUAAAAAGCUGAGUCUGUCUUGUCAGAAUUGUUACUCUUUUGGCACAUGAAGGACUGGACGUUGUAAAAAAAAAAAAAGAAAAAAAAAAAAGAAAUGAAAAAGAAAAAAAUGAAUGAGUGAAACCUUGUUAACUCCUCCGGAGUUUUAUCUUGUAUAGUUGCAGGAAUUGCAAAUUUCUGCAAAAGUGUAAUGCUGUACUUAAUUAUGCUGAGACUUUUUAUAAAAGUAAUAAUGUAAAUUGUACCUUUUUAUACAAAAAAAUAAAUCAAAUGCAUUAUUUGAGCAUC